UGCGGUCAUGUUCGUGCAAAAGGUGCUCCUGUACGUCCGAACCGGCUCCAUGUUACUCUACGUGCUGUGCUGGAAUGUCGUCCUGCGCGCCGUGCACUUGAUCUCGCCAGCCUUGGCCAAGAAGGCGAUCCUGAAGAUGAACGAAAGGACCACGAUGAACAAGAAUCCCAGUUUCACGUACGACGACUGGGGCCCCACGUUCCUGACCCACGCGUUCGUCAAAACGGCCGCGGGCCACAUGUGGGCGUCGCUGGGACAGAAGGCGUUCGUGGGGGGGCGCGCUCCGGACUCGCCCGUGGUCUCCAUGGACGAGCAGCAGAGCAGCAUCUGCAACUUCUUCAACGGUUCGAGGCCUCUGGUGUUGAGCUUCGGAAGUUGCAGCUGACCGCCGUUCAUGUUCAAGCUGGACCUGUUCAAGCAGCUCGUCCGGGACUUCGGCGACGUGGCCGACUUUCUGGUGGUCUACAUCGAGGAGGCCCACUCGACCGACGGCUGGGCCUUCACCAACAACAUUCGAAUCCGGAAGCACCGGAGCUUGGAGGACAGGAUGGCGGCGGCGCAGAUCCUCAUCAGGGAGGAUCCGCUCUGCCCCGUGGUGGUGGACCAAAUGAGCAACACGGCGUCCGCGGAGUACGGCGCGCUGCCCGAGAGGCUCUACGUGCUGCGCGAGGGCAAAGUCCUCUACGAGGGAGGCAUGGGGCCUUGGGGCUACAGCCCGCAGGAGGUGCGCUCGGUGCUGGAGAAGAUGAAGUAGGAAGGAAAACGCCUCUCUGCCCAGCGGACUCGCUAUUCAGUCAGGUCGCUAAUACUUGAACUAAACACCACUUAAGUCAUCGGGUUCUUUCGUCGUUCACCAGCCGGUGGGCGACGCACGCACGCUCAAAAACACUUGCGUGAUGACUGAGCUGGCUCGUCUCGGCUCGUCUGCGUUUCUUGGUGACGGCUGCAGAUGAAACCGCGCGGACUCUGUGGCCUGAUAAAGUGAAACGCAGACUUUGGAGAUCGCCUCUCAGCUAUGACGAAGUGUUCCUAAGCGUGAUAGCGUAGACACAUUUCAAUGAGUUUCCGGAAGGGGGUUCUUCAACUUUUGGAGUCCUUCCAGGCGACACAUUUGUCCGAGGACGCCCUCACCAGCCUAACGGCAAUUGAACAUAACAACUACGCUAAAUGUCACGAGAAUCCAAAUGUUGUCUAUUUUCCAGGGGAAAAAAAGCCUACGUUACGAUGACACAGAAAACAGUUGUAAUGUUGUUAGAGUGAAGUUCUAUUUUCCGUCGAGAAAAAAAGUUAUCUUUAAUUCUAACUGGAGCAAAGACCUCUUUUGUCAGGAUUAAAAAAAACUCAAUCCUACCAGAUUAAAAUCAUCCUUUUUUUUUUUUUUUAGGAUUCAGUUAAAAUAUGAUGAUGUAUUAAAGUGAAAUGAAUGAGUGAAUUUCAAAAUGCAACGUUUUAAAAAAAUAAAUUAAAAAAAAUCAUGAAAAGACACCUGCUAAAAGAAAAAAAGAAGACAUCAUUAUUGUAAUAUUUAAUCUUUUUUCUUCCAAAAAGCACAAGUUUAUGAAUGCAGGGACGCCAGAUUUGACAGCGGAACGGAACAGGAAGUCGGCCAUUUUGAUUUGAAGGAGCCAGUUCUGGCUCGGUAGCAACCCGCAGAAAGAUCACAGAUCGACCCAAAAUUGGCGGGACGUGCGUAUCGCAACGGUGCCCAAAAACAUCUCAAGCACGCGUGUCCGGAAUUGGACAGGAAGUUUCGGAGAAUUCCAGUGCUCGUACAUUGACCGACAUUAUUAUUUCUUGAUGACGAUGUCAAAGCGAUGUUGAGUGAUUGACUUGCAUUCCUGAACAGAAAAACAAGUUUUAGGGGUUGCUUCAUUUCCGACACGUAUAAUUUGGGUAUAAAAAAAAAAACAAAAAAAUCCCCGAGUUUCUGCUCCAAAUUGUUUGAUAUUGAACUAGUUCCCAUGAAAUGCUUUUUUUUUUUUUUUUAAAUUAAAUGACCAUUGUUCUAAUAAAGUUGUUGAAGAUUGCAUCAAAUCAAAAGAUGCGCCAAAUCUUUGCACACUCGGCCGCUUUUUACAUGACAAUUGCGGCGCAAACCUCCGGUGGCCGUAAUUUGAAGGCUUAAAAGUUGCGCCGUCUGUGAUGGAUGUGGGCUAUCUUACGUGGAAUACGUUUUGUAUUGCUGUCUCACAAUAAAGGAUUUGGUUUCCA